AUGCUUUAGUCUUUUUUAAAUUGCUUCAAAAAGUAAACGAAGUUUAGGAUGAAUCGAGAUUAUGGAAAGGAUAUCCUAUCUUCAGUUUAAGACAUUUUGCCCUUCUCCUUUUAGAGACAUUAAUAUAACAAGUAAAAUAUCAAUUAAAUAGGAAGCCAUAAUAAGGAAUUUUAAGCAACAAAUGAUUUAAAUAGGUUAAACUAAGAAUAAGUGAUUUUUUCACCAAAUCCAUCAUAAGCAAACAUUCGUUUACAUUUUUUAGAAAAUGUUGAUGAACAGUUUUAAAAAAAUGAGAAUCCUUAUUAUUGCUAAUUUUCUUUAGAUUAUUUUGGAAUGAAUAAUAAAUUUAGACAAUAUUGCAUUUUAAUAAAUGAAUCUCGAGUUUAUUAAUAUCUUGUGUACUUAUUCGUAUUAUUUACAAACUAUUUAGACAUCAUUUUGUAUUGUAAUUUUAAUGAUUAAACCUUACAAUGAUUAGGAAAGUGGAUUUGGAUUUAGUUUAAAUAAUGAUUAGAUAAUAGGUGUAAUAAUUGCAGCAGAUGUAAUAUUUUCUAUUCAUCAUCUUAUUUCAAUAGUUUCUUAUGGGUAUUUAAAAUAAUUAUAUAGAUUAUGGAGUUGUAAAUAUGGAUAUUAUAGAAAUCCUAUAGCAUUUAUAAAUGGAAUAGCCUUAUUCUUUGCAUUAAUAUUAAGACAAUCUUAUUUUUAUACCUUAAGAAUAUUAUUCUUGCUUGAAUUUUUUAUGCAUUACAAAAUAUUAAGAAUAGUCCGAAAAUUUUGUUUGACAGUAGAACAUUCAUUUAUAUCAAUUGUUUAUAUUACAAUAAUAAUUUGUUUUUUCUUUUAUGUAUUUGCUGUUGUAGGAUUGUAAAUUUGGACUGGAAUUUUAGGAAAUUAUUGUAUCAACAAAAAUAAUGAAGUUGAUUUUUAUCCAACUAGAUUUUGUGGUUUGGGAAGAAGUUGUUCUGAUGGAUAUGAAUGUUAAUAGGGUGAAUUUGAAUAACCUUUUAUUUAAUAUUCACAUAAUUUUACUAGAUUUGAUUAUAUACAAGAAUCAAUGUCUAGUUUAUUUAUAGUUCAUUAUAUAGAAGGAUGGGUAGAAAUAGAAUAAAGUUUAGCAGAUUCUUUCAAUAAAUAUGUAAGUACAGGAUAUUUAUGGACUUAUAUAUUUAUAUGUUCAUUCUUUUUAUAAAAUUUAGUUGUUGCAAUAUUUCUUAAAUAAUCUCAAUAAGAGAUGCAUUUAGAUGAACCUGUUUAAACUGUAUUAUUUUUAAAUAGUCAUACUAAAAUAUCAUUAACAAAUGAAAAAAGAAAGACUGUGUUUUAGAGUCCUAAUUAUCUUAGUAAAAGUAAACAAAGAGUUAUGAUGAUGCUUAUGAAUUCAACAAAAAGAAAUAAUGAUUAAAGAAAGAUUAGAAUAAUUAUCAAAUCAAUUUUAUAAUCAAAAAUAACAUAAUAUUUUUAUAGUCUUUUAUUUUUGGCUAAUCUUGUUGUUUUAUCUUUAAAUGAUGAAUCAGCAUAUAAAAAUAAUUUAGAAGGUACUUUAGCUAAAGUAAAUAUAAUAUUUCUAGUAAUAUAUUUAUUAGAAGAUAUAGCAAGAAUUUAUAUUUGGAAAUAAAAGGAAAGUAAAAUAGUAGUUUUAUUAGAAUUUAUAUGUGAUUUUGUUGGUUUGAUAGUAUAAGUCAAUUAAAUGGAACAUCCUUUUAUAUUAAAUACAAUUAAAGGAAUAAGAUUAUUAUGGGUGUUUAAUUAUUAAACUAGUUGGUCUAAUUAUAGAGUAUUAUUAUCAGCAUUAUGGAAGUCCUUUAAUAAUAUUCCUAUAAUGAUUUUAAUACUUUUUAUUUAUGGAUUAGUAAUUGGUUUAAUGGGUAGAAAUUUUUUUGCUGGAAAAUUAAGAUUUAAUGAUUUAGGAUUCUAUGAUUUAAAUGGUUCUUAUAUUCCAAGAGCAAAUUUUGAUAGUAUGAGAGAAACUAUUACUACAUUAUUUAUAAUCAUAUCUUCAGAUUAAUGGUAAACCAUAUUUUAUACAACUUUGGAAACUGGAUCUUGGAUUCCAUAUGUCUUUUUUAUUUGUGUCUAAUUUAUUUGUAAAUUCUUUAUAUUACCUUCUUUUUUGACUUUAAUGCUUGAUAAUUAUGAAGAUGCUAAAAAUGAAGCUGAUCUUUCAAAAGCUAGAGCAACUAAAGUUAUUUCAACAAUGUAAAAUAAAUCAAGAAUUGUACCAACAAAAGAGACUUCAUUAUUAUAGGUUAGUAAUUCAUAAUCUGAUAAGAAACGCUUUUUUGGAAGAUUGUCAAAGGUAUCUGAUGAUAGUGAUAAAGAAGAAAGUCAUUAAAAACAACAUUAAAUAUUAAGAAGACAAUAAUCUAAAUAUUAUUAAGUAUAAAUAUUAAAAAGUGGUGAUGAUUCUUAAAAUGUCUCUGUAUCUUCAUUUAAUCGUAAAGAAUAUUUUGCUAAUUCAUCACUUUUUAUUCUACAUAAUAAAUCUAAUUUAAGGAAGAAAUUACAUAUAUUAAUUCAAUAAAAAUAUUAUGAUUGGGGAAUGAGUUUCAUAAUAUUAUUAAAUUUAAUACUUUUAGGAUAUGAUAGACCACUUAGAUAAGAAUAAUUAAUUAUAGAUGUAUUUAAUUAUGCAUUUAAUGGUAUUUUUAUAUUAGAUGCAUUAAUCAAAAUAUUAGCUUAAGGUUUUUAUUGGAAUAAAUUAGAACCUCAAAAAUCUUAUAUAAUGAAUAAUAAUAAUUAAUUAGAUUUUGUUAUUCUUAUUAUUAGUUCUCUUGAUGAUCUUAAUAUUUAUAAGAGUUAAUAUCUUAAAGCCUUUAGAGCUCUAAGAACUCUAAGAAUUCUAAUAACAUUAAGGGUAAUUAAUUUAGAUAUAUUUAGAGAGGUUCAUAAAAUGAGUAAUUAAAUUUAAUAUCCAGAUCCUUAUUAUAAACUAUCUCAUUACUUUCAUCAAUGAUUUUUGUAACUGGCAUAAGUCUAUGGAUUUUAAGUAUCAUUUGUAUGACAAUUUGGAAAGGCAAACUUUAUUUUUGCUCUUAAGUAUCUUUGAAAGACUUUAAAGAAAUUAUUACUACAGAAGAUUGUUUAGCUAAAGGAGGUUAAUGGAUAAAUAAUAUAACUAAUUAUGAUACAAUUUAAGAUUCUUUACUUUGUUUAUUCAGAUUAAUUAUUGGAGAGGGUUGGACAUAAUAAAUGUUUAGUGUAUCUGAUAUUACAGAUAGAGGACUCAAUCCUAAAAUUAAUUCAUCAUCUUAAUAUUAAUUCUUCUUUUAUGUUUUGAUCUUUUCAUUGAAUAUUGUAUUACUUAAUCUAAUUACUGGUUUAAUUAUAAAUAAUUACAGAACUAUAAAGGAGAAUAUUGCAAAUUUUUAAUAAUUAAAUGAAUUUUAAAGAUAAUGGAUAUAAAUGAUGUAAAUAAUGUAAAAGAAAAAACUAAUAUAUCUAAUACCUAAACCUUCAAAUAAAUAUAGAUUAAUUUGUUAUCAUUUGGCUAGUAACUAAUAUUUUGAGACUGUCAUACUAAUUUUGCUUAUAGUUAAUUUAAUAUUGUAAUUAUUUUCUAAUAUCUAGUUGUUCAUCUUAUAGUGGGAAGUAGAAUAUUACUACUUAAGAGGCAUUAUAUGGAAUGAGUAUUUUCUUUAUAGUAAUUUUCCAUAUUGAAUUGUUCAUCAAAUUGCUAGCAUAUUGGGUUCAUUUCUUCAGAGAUAUUCUAAAUAAAUUUGACUUAAUCAUUUUAAUAAUAACUGAUUUACUUUUAAUUAUGAAAGAUAACUUUGAUAUACCAAGACUUUAUACUAUUCCACUUAUUAUUAGAUCUUUGAGAAUCAUAAAAGCCAAUAAAUUAUUUAGAUUUAAUAAAUAAUUAAGAGUUCUUAUUGAUGUGAUUUAAGAUUUAAUGCCUACAUUAUUAAGUGUUAUUGUUUUCAUUGCAAUUACUAUAAUUAUAUAUUCACUUAUAGGAGUUCAAACUUUUUCAACAAUAUGGAGUACUUCAUCAGAUCCUCAAUAUCCUUAUACAAUGGAGGAAAACUAAAGAACUAAAUCUUUUUCCAAUUUUUUAGAUGGAGUAUUAAUUUUAAUUGAUAUUUCAACUGGUUAAUAUUGGUCUUUGUAUAUGGCUGAUUAUACAAUUGAUACUAAAGGAUGUCAUACAUAAACUCCUGAAUAAUUUGAAUUAGAAGGUGCUCGUGGUUGUAGUACAAUCUUUGGUUAUUUUUUCUUUAUAAGUUUUUUGGUUUUAAUUCGCAUAAUAAUGACUUCAUUAUUUUUAGCUAUGAUUAUUGAAUCUUAUUAAGAAUGUUAAUUAGAAAAUACAGCAGCUAUAAAUCCAUAUUAAUUAGAAGAUUUUUUAGUUAAAUGGUCCGAUUAUGAUCCUCAAGGUACAGGUUGGAUAACUCCAGAAGAUUUUGCAUUUUUGAUGUUCGAAAUAAAUCCACCUUUAGGAUUUAAAGAUGAAAAUUCGCAAUAUUAUGAUUUUGCUGCUGCAAGUAAAAUAGAAAACGAUAUUUAGAAAAUUAAAAAUUAAAGUCCCAUUUCUAUAACCAUAAGAAAAAAAUGAGAUUAUUUAAAACUGAAAUCUUUUAAAAACUAAGUGAUUAUCAAAUUUAAAUAUAUCAAAAUUAAAUGGUUCAUUUUAAAGAUAUAUGCAUUCAAUUAGCUUAUAAUGCAAUAAAAAAGAAAAAUGAACUUAAAGGUAUAGAAUAAAUUGAAGAUAAAAUUAUUCUACGUUAAAUAAGAAAAUCAUGGGAAUCCAGAUAUCCUGAUUUAAUUGGAAAGAAAACAUAAUAAUUUGUAGUAGAUAUUUUUGCUAUAAAUUCUAUUACUGAUAUUUUAAGAGGGUAUUAAUAAUAUUAAUUUAGAGUUAUUGAGAGAAGAAAAAUAAAAAAAAGAAUUAAAGAAAUGUAAAAGGAAAAAAACUUAAAAUAAUUAGAAAUUAAUGAAAAUGCUUAAUUUACUACAAAAUCUAUUCUCUAAAGAUAUAAAGGUAGAAGAAGGAGUUAAGUAAGAUAAAGAGUUUAUAAUUUUGUAUAAACAAAUUCAUUUAGAAGAAGUGAAAUAAAUGUUGUUGAUCCAGAAUCAGGAGGUAUCCAUUAACCAAAGAGAACUGUUUAUCAAAAUUAUUAAUAAUAAUAAUAAAAUAAAGAGGACAAAAGUUCUUUAACAAAUCUUAACUUUUUUAUUGAUCCAGAUGAAAUGUGUAAUGGAUUUCCAAUGAAAGUUGUACAUGAAACAUAAAAAAUUGAUUUUCCUGCCAUUAAAUCUGAUAAAAGUUUAGGAACUCUCUUAUUAUCUUAAAGUGAAAAAUAAGUCAAGAAAUUAGGAGGUUACAUAUCAGAAAAGUGUUCUGAUGAAGAAAAUCAAUAAGAUAGUGUAAUAUAAAAUUUCAAGAGAAAUGACAUGUUUGAAUGA